UCAGCCCCCAACCCCGUCCGGAACCUGAGUGUGAAGACUCAGACCAACAGCUCCAUCACCCUGAGCUGGGAGGUGCCCGAUGGCCCAAAGCCUCAGAACUAUAUCUACUGGGUCCAGUGGCCUGGAGACGGUGACAAAAAUGAGACCCGAAACACGACAAUGACCAGUUACACAGUGGAAGGACUUAAAUCAGCGUCCUCUUAUGAAUUUUCUGUGUGGGCGGAGAAGGACAGAAUACCUGGCUCCAAGAGUACACUCGAGGUUUCCACAGCCCCCAACCCUGUCAGGAACCUGAGUGUGAAGACUCAGACCAACAGCUCCAUCACCUUGAACUGGACAACUCCUCUUGGCCCAGGUCAGCCUUCCUAUACCUACUUGGUCUCAUGGAUGAAGGAGGGCCAUGCUGUCUCUUGGACCAAUCAGACUGGAGAUACCGGGAUAAUGCUGGAGGAACUGGAAGCUGGGAGCCUGUACACCUUCAUCGUCUGGGCGGAGUGGAACAGUGUCAUCAGUGACAACGAGAACCUCACUGGGGCCACUGCUCCCAGCGAGGUCACAAAUCUGCAGAAGAAGACUCAGACCAACAACUCCAUCACCUUGCAGUGGAAGGCCCCUGCAGACCUCCACGCUGAUUUCUAUACAUACUUAGUUCAGUGGGCUGGUGAGGGACAUCCCCAGACAAACGAGACCAAGGAGACUCAGUAUGUGGUGGAUUCCCUGGUACCUGGGACUCUGUACAACUUCAGCGUGUGGGCAGAGAAGAACAAUGUAGCCAGUUCCACACAGAGCCUCAAUGCAUCCACAGACCCGGACCCUGUCACCAUCACUUCCUGCAUCAGCAUCUCGGGGGGCUACGGGGUCAUCCUGACCUGGUCCUGCCCCACAGGAGGCUACGAGGCCUUUGAGUUGCAUGUGGGCAGGCAGCAGAGCUCCCAGGACAGAUCAUCCUGCGAGACGGGUGUAUCUGUGUUGGGUCUCCACCCGGCUCAGUCUUACCCAGCCACUGUCACGACCAUCUGGUCCACAAUGAGGGCUCCACCUGCCUCUGUGACCUGCCACACCGAGAGCACAGGGGUCAUUGCUGGGGCUAUUGUUGGUGUCCUCCUGUUCCUCAUCCUGGUGGGCCUGCUGAUUUUCUUCCUGAAAAAGAGGUACAAGCCAAGCCAGAAGAAGUCAGCACCCCGGGAUCUGGUCUUCAGCUCCCGAGGGGACAUCCUGGCAGCUGAUUUUGCUGACCAUGUCAAGAAAAAUGAGAAGGACAGCAACUAUGGUUUUGCAGAGGAGUACCAGCAUUUGGCCCUGGAGAGCCACAGCCAGUCUCAAAGGGUGGCCUCAGCUCCAGAAAACAGCGCCAAGAACCGGUACAAAAAUGUGCUACCCUAUGACUGGUCCCGCGUGCCCCUGAAGCCCCUCAGUGGGGAGCCAGGCUCCGAAUACAUCAACGCCAGCUUCAUGCCUGGUCUCUGGAGCCCCCAGGAGUUCAUUGCGACCCAGGGUCCCCUGCCUCAUACAGUGGGUGAUUUCUGGCGCCUGGUGUGGGAGCAGCAGAGUCACACCCUGGUCAUGCUGACCAACUGUGUGGAGUUCGGCCAGGUGAAGUGUGAACAUUAUUGGCCUCUAGACACCCAGCCCUGCACCUACGGGCACCUACAAGUGACCCUGGAAGGUGAGAAGGUGAUGGAGAACUGGACUGUACGAGACCUG